GGUGCCGACCAAUUUUAGGAUUAAGUCGGAGUUCCAACCUAUCCAAGGUUGUCGCUAGUCUCCAUUGACCAAUUUUUUGUGGUUUUCUCUGUAUAUGUAUAUAUAAAUGUUUUAUUUUUUUUUUUUUUUUGACAUCCUCUGUUUUCUUCUCUGUGUAGCGGGAUUGCGGUUCACGUUGACGCGCGAGGAGCGAUGUCGCAUAGCUAGGAUUACAGGUUGCUCGAGGAACCACAAUCUUCUUGACCUUUGCUUGCUCACCAAUUGGGAGUUGUUGGUCAACUUGAAAUUGACUCGUGCCCCUGAUCCCGUUAUCGGUAACAAGGCCAACCGCGAUGCAUUUGACAAAGCCAUGGAUUGCAUGGAACUGCAGAACUUUCUUGAGGGCAUGUAUGCCGCUGGACUGAUUGCUCGGCAAACCGUCGUUGACCCUCAAACUCAGGAGCUGAUCCAAUUAGAGGUUGACAUGGUGAUGCCAAUGCCUCAUCAUUCCCAUCUUGCCGUCGCUGGUCAUACCGUGGUACAGUCCGAGUCUCAAGAGUAUCGUGAGGCUGCUGGCAGGAGCAAGGCCAAUGCUACUCCAAAGAAGACCAAGGAGAGAGUGGCUACCCAGCCGCGUGGGCCCCAGAGGGAGAGGACGGUGUCGCCGAAGGAGCCCGUUAUUAUUGCGGGUUUGGAGCCUUAG